AUGCUACGCUAUUCGAGCAUAUGUCGUCGAUCUCACGGCUCAAACCGGAUAAUACGCCAACUAAGACCUCUUUCAGGAACGGUUUUCUUGCAAAAACCGUCUAUGGACUCUUUUGGGAUGGAUAACCGUGCAACCAGCGAAGAUAUUGGGUUUUUGAAAUCUUCAGUAGUGUCUACAGCUCCGGGAUUCACAACUUUCGAUAACGCCCAAGCGGCUGCUCAAGCAGGUGAGACCCGAAAUAUUAUGAACCUGUGGUCGCUGCUAGAGGCCUGUCUUCACUCUGGCUACAUGGAUCGUGCAUUCUCAAUAUUGAAGUCUCUGUACGGUCUCAAAUCGCACCGAGCCUCCUUCAUAGACGACUACAACAAGUUUCUGGCUAAAUUUGCCGAAAAAGCUGACGACUUGAAAGCGGUCGAUAAAAAACUGUUCGAUGACCUCCAAAAAUCGUUCCCAACUGUGGACUAUAAUGACAAAACCCUUGCGAUUCUGAUUCACAACGCUAUCAGACUUUCAGAUUCCCAAGAGACUCGUCUAAAGCAUUGCAGAACAUACCUAAGAAUGGCGGUAAGCGGGUGUAGAGGCAUCCUGAGCAACGUCGAGGUAUUGACUGUACAAGAUUACCGGUGUCUGAUAAACGAACUUGAACUUAUAGAACUGAAUGACUUGCCCGCUGAUUUGACUCCACUGGUGGUCGCUAACAACCUCUCCCCGGAAAACAACGAAGAACCAAGACGAACCGCAGGCGGAACCGAUGGAUCGAUGAUACCACAAACUCAGGAAACUACGAAACCGGCAUUUCAGGAACAAGUCAAGGCUAUACCCAAGAAUGCGGACGAUUUGUUGGCUGUAGACACCAUCGGUAUGAAAGUAGUACGACACACUUUACUUGGGCUAACCCUUACAGAUGAACAAAGAAAGCAGAUCAAGGAAUUCAAUUUUGAAAGUGCGUCCAACCUUUUGAAUUUCGAAAACGGCCAGGACAACAUAGAUUUUUUCGAGAUUCACAAGAACUUGAAGACAGAAGAAGAAAGAGAGGCAUUUGCAAAGGCCUUAGACGAAUUUAAUCAAGAUAGGCAGCUUCAAUUGGAGCACAGAGCAACCGAUGCAGCAAAAGAACGUUGGAAACACGAUUUUGAGGAAGCUAAGGCAAGGGGAGACUUGUCUAUACAAAAGAAGCUGAAUGUCAAAUUGUGGGAGUGGUUUAAUCAGAUGUUACCACUCGUGAAGGAAGAAGUUAAGCGAUGCGCUGAAGUUGCAAGUGACUCAGUGCAAGAGGGAACUCUUUCUGCCAAGGAAAAAAAGCAAAAUAAGGCGAGACAGGACUAUGGACCUUAUUUGACUCUUGUGGAUGCGGAGAAAAUGUGUGUUAUCACGAUCUUGGAACUUUUGAAAUUGAACUCUACUGGAGGUGUGAUGGAAGGGAUGCGGACUGCUAGAGCAGUUAUCUCUGUUGGGAAAGCAAUCGAAAUGGAAUUCAGAGCCGAACUUUUACUGAAAAAUGAAUCUUACGUUUUCAAAGAUAUCAACAAGAAGUCGCACGAGUUCAAGUUACUAGUGCAGCGCGCUAGGAACACUUUCCGUUCCAUGAAAAUUGAGGAAUCCAAAAUAUUGUGGCCGCAAGAAUCUCGUGCUAAGAUUGGCUCCAUAUUGAUUUCGAUGUUGAUUCAUGUCGCAAGAGUGAGGGUCGAAGGUGUUGACCCUGUUACUCAGGAGAAAAUCCAAGGUGAAGCUCCAGCUUUUUCUCAUGGGUACCAAUAUCAUAACGGUUCCAAGUUAGGUGUUCUCAAAAUACACAGAAGUCUUGUGCAUCAGCUGAAUGGCGAGCGCUUAGUUGCCGCUGUUCAACCUCAGUUGCUCCCCAUGCUAGUUAAACCAAGACCGUGGAAGAGUUGGAAUUCUGGUGGAUACUUUUACACUCAGUCAACACUUAUCAGAUCAAAGGAAUCUCCAGAACAAGUCGCGUACCUAAAAGCUGUGUCUGAUUCAGGUGCGAUCGACAACGUUUAUCACGGAUUAAAUGUUCUAGGCGAAACUCCUUGGACAGUAAAUCGUAAGAUGUUCGAUAUUAUGUCGCAUGUAUGGAACACAGGCAAGGCUUUUCUCGAUAUCCCUGGCAAUCAGAGCAAGCUCAUUCUGACACCUCAACCACCCAGAGAUGCGGAUCCAUCAAUCCAUAGAAAGUGGAAGCUUAAGAAUAAAGAGCUCGCAAAUGAGUUUUCAAGUGGGAGAUCAGCGCGCUGUGAUGCUAACUACAAGUUGGAGAUUGCUAGAGCAUUUCUUGGCGAAAAAUUCUACUUCCCUCAUAACCUAGACUUCCGUGGUCGUGCUUACCCAUUGUCGCCUCAUUUCAACCAUCUAGGCAAUGAUAUGAGCAGAGGCCUUAUGAUUUUCUGGAACGGGAAAAGGCUAGAGUCGACAGGUUUGAAAUGGCUGAAGGUCCAUCUUUCUAAUCUUUUUGGAUUUGAUAAGGCACCUCUCGAUGAGCGUGUAACUUUCACGGAAAGCCAUCUAGAAGACAUUAAAGAUUCGGCAGAAAAUCCAUUGGAUGGGAAGGGCUGGUGGAAGCAGGCAGACAAACCUUGGCAAGCUCUCGCUACCUGUAUGGAGUUGAACGAAGCUUUGAAGUUGGACAAUCCAUGCGAUUUUAUCUCCCACGUUCCUGUGCACCAAGACGGAACUUGCAAUGGCUUGCAGCAUUACGCUGCGCUCGGAGGUGAUGUAGAAGGCGCGAAGCAGGUAAACUUGAUGCCUAGUGACAGACCUCAAGAUGUCUACUCACAUGUUGCGAAACUGGUCGUAGCAAGAUUGGAAGCAGCCGCGGCCAAAGGCGAUGAGAAUGCUGAGCUUCUGAAGACCAUGAUCAAACGUAAAGUUGUCAAGCAAACUGUCAUGACCAAUGUCUAUGGUGUGACGUACAUCGGUGCCACCCAUCAGAUCGAAAAGCAACUAUCCAAUGUGUUUGAUGAUUACAAGCGUUCUUACGAGAUGUCAAAGUACUUGACAAAGCACGUAUUUGCCUCCGUUAGAGAAUUGUUCGAGGGUGCACAUUUAAUUCAAGACUGGCUUGGGGAUUGUGCCAAAAGGAUUUCGAAAUCUAUAAGGCUGGACAUCGAUGAAAAGACUUUCAAGAACGGUAAUAAACCUGACUUUAUGUCAUCUGUCAUCUGGACUACGCCCUUGGGACUGCCUAUAGUUCAACCAUACCGUGAAAGCGGCAAAAGACAGGUGGUGACUAAUCUUCAAACAGUUUUCAUAAGCGAUCCGUUUGCGGUUAAUCCUAUCAAUGCCAGAAGGCAAAAAGCAGGAUUUCCUCCAAACUUCAUCCACUCACUGGAUGCAUCACACAUGCUUCUUUCCGCCCUUAAAUGUGGAGAAAAAGGCUUGGAUUUCGCUGCUGUUCACGACUCCUACUGGACCCACGCGAGUGAUAUCGACACAAUGAACGUACUUUUGAGGGAACAGUUCAUCAAGUUGCAUGAAGUUGACCUCAUCGAGAGGCUGAAAAACGAAUUUGACGAACGCUAUAGGAACUACCUGCAGAUCAUAAAGAUUGACAAGACUUCAGACGUAGCUGCGAAAAUUGUCGAACUAAGAAGGAAGCUUUCGCAAAAGCUCGGUCGUCAAUUCACACUAGCGGAUGAAAUUUAUAUGGAAAAGAAGCGCAUCGAAUUGCUCGAAUCCGAGGAACCCAGUGAAAACGCAGAAGGUGCGGAAAUGACAACUACGGUAUCGCUUCUCGGCGAGAUCGAAGAUAUUGGAGCGCUAGAAAAAUCAGGCGAUUCCAGCGGCAUAAUGGUUUUGGCGCCCCUGAAACUACCCCAGAUUCCCCCAAAGGGAAACUUUGAUGUCAGAGAACUUGAAAACAGCAAAUACUUCUUUUCUUGA